CACAAAAUUUACAUUUAGCGGCAAAUUUAUGUGCCACACAUUGAAUCUGCCGUGAAGGUCUUCAGAUGGCGAACCACUCUCUCACCGCCGUGAUACAACGGUACGCCACCCUGAAUCUUUCUCUAAUAUUUCUUCUCUCUUCGUCUUCUCAUUACGAAACAUUUCGCAGCAGCAUCAGUUUCUUUUUGGGCGCACGAACUCUCUACACCCGCGCAGAUUCUCGCGCUUCUGCAUUUUCAGAUAAACACAAUCUUAAGAGUUUAAUUGCGCGAUUCAAACCUUCAACGCAAACUCCAUUGCCAGUGCUUCAAAAUUGGGUCGAUCAAGGUAACAAGCUUUCAUCAUCGGAACUGAGAUGCAUCUCCAGAAGGCUCAUCAAAUCCAAACGCUACAAUCACGCAUUCGAGUUAUUCAACUGCAUGGAAAACCAACAAAAAUUCCGCAUAAAACCAGCUGAUCAUGCUCUGAAGUUGGAGUUAAUCGCUAAAAACUGUGGGCUAAUGGAAGCUGAAGAAUAUUUUAUGCGUAUACCUGACUCAGCUGGAAAGAAAGCCGCCUAUCUCCCACUUCUACGUGGCUAUGUAGGAGACAGGGACACCAGUAAAGCUGAGACCUUCAUGGAGAAGCUCUAUGAACUGGGGCUGGUGGUAAACGCUCACCCUUAUAAUGAAAUGAUGAAACUAUAUCUUGCCACAUGUGAGUACUGGAAGGUACCCCUAGUUAUCCAACAAAUGAAACGAAAUAAAGUACCCUUGAAUGUUCUGUCUUACAACCUUUGGAUGAGUGCUUGUGAUGAGGGAGAGCGAUAUGGGGUUGCAGCAGUGGAAACAGUUUUUAGAGAAAUGCAAAAUGAUGAGAUUGUUGAAAUGGGAUGGAGCAGUCUUGCUACUUUAGCCAAUGUGUAUAUGAAAGCAGGACAAUCUGAGAAAGCCAUUCUGGUUCUCAAAAAUGCUGAAGAGAAACUAUCUACAUGUAAUCGUCUUGGUUACUUCUUCAUCAUAACACUAUACGCCUCUUUGAAGCAAAAGGAGGGAGUCUUGCGGCUGUGGGAAGCCAGUAAGGCAGUUGGUGGAAGAAUCAGUUGUGCCAACUACAUUUGCAUACUAACAAGCUUGGUGAAGCUUGGGGACAUAGCACAAGCCAAAAGAAUCUUCAGAGAAUGGGAAUCUAAUUGUCAAAAAUAUGAUAUCAGAGUCUCUAAUGUUCUUUUAGGAGCAUAUGUGCGGAAUGGAUUAAUCAAAGAAGCUGAAUCAUUGCAUCUCCACACCCUGCAGAAGGGUGGCUGUCCAAACUACAAGACGUGGGAAAUUCUCAUUGAAGGAUAUGUCAAUUGGCAAAAGAUGGAUGAGGCUAUUAUUGCCAUGAAAAGAGCUUUGGCUAUGUUGAAAGACUGCCAUUGGAGGCCGCCACAAAGAAUUGUAUUAGCCAUAGCUGAAUAUUUGGAGAAAUGUGGGAAUUUUGAGUAUGCAAAUGAGUACAUCACAGAUAUUCAUAAUUUAGGUCUUGGAAGUUUAUCAUUGUAUAAAAUAUUGCUUAGAAUGCACCUUUCUGCUCAAGAACCACCUUUCCAUGUCCUUAAAAUGAUCAAUAAAGACAAAAUGGAGAUGGAUAGUGAGACAGUUUCCAUUCUUAAAGCCUUCACUGGGCUGAAGUGUUUGGAGGUGAAGCAAUAAUCUUGAAGUCAACCUUUUUCAUGAGUUGAAUAGAGGCAUGCCACUUCUUUAUCUUUGUUGAUGGGCCCAAAUUUCUAGAAGACAGUGUAUAAAUUAAUGGCUAUCAAGCUCUUGGUAUAUUUGUAGAAUCUGGAAAAGAAGAUGCUCACCAACCAACUGAAGGAGGAAAAGCUGCAAUUGGUGUGGCAAAUCUUCUCAAGUUGAUGAAGAUGUCAAGACCUUGUGGAAGGCCUUGUUGUGCUCAAGCAACUUAUCAUGAGACGGCGUGCAUUCUUUGAUAACAGGAAGCUCAAGAAAGUCAUCGAAGUAAGUACUAAGUUUGGCCAUGGACUCUGUAUCAAUUAGGUUUAUGCCUACAGUUUCUUCUACCACUCGAACCCAGCGUCCAAAAAACCCAACAGCAAUAUCAGCAAAGCCUAUAUUUUCACCUCCAAAGUAGCGCCUUCCCUCAAGUCCACUUUCAAGGAUCUUCAAAUUCUCACGAGCUUCUUGUGCUGCCUCCUGUUGUUCCUCUCCUAUUUUGGAAAAGGUAGCUAUAAAUGCUGGCACACACUGAAAUAGUAAUGGUUGGUUUUUGUAUUAGAGGCAGGAUAUCUAACAUCAGUUGAAAACUGAAUUUAUUUUGACUUUUACAAAAAGUAGCAUACAUAAUUGUAUAAUAUAACUGUAUAAUAAUCGUAGUUUAAAAACUGGACUGGAGAUCGAAAUGUUGAGAUUUUUGAGUUAUAGUUUAAUUGGUUCAACAA